AUGGUGAAACGAAAGCUCGGGCUCUUGGAAGAUGAAGCCAGAAACGAACAAGGUGUGGACUCGCCGCAGGCUUGUAAAGAUUCGAGAAAAAGUCGACAAGGGUUGAGGGCAGACAAGAAUUUGAAUUUAUGCACAACCUGCACUGCUUGUGGGGUCCACUACGAUUGGACUGGCGUCGUUGAUCCCCACGGGUCCCAAACUGGCAACCGACCAGAUGCGACAAACCGGGAGAUGGAUGCGCUUGUAAGCGGUCUUUCAUGCUUCGGCAAAGCAGCUAUUGAAAGAAUCAUUGAAAAUCACCUUCCACAUCGAACUAAGCAAGAAAUUCAAGUUUGGAUAGCAGACUUGCAAGCAUCCGAAGACGACACAGCUGAUCAAGGAGAUCACGUCUCAUCCAAGUCCAAGGGGAAGGAGAGAUUGCGGGGGACCAGCGAAGACCGCGUAGCUCUAAUGUUCCUCAGGCAUGUAGAUGUUAACAUGUUGCUGCAGGUAUCUCGAAGUCAGUCUUCUAGAAAUGUCAAGGAUAGCUCUCGUUCUCCAUCUGUGUCUCGAGGAAGCAAACGAUCAAGAACAGAUUCAGCAUCCCCAAAGUUGCGAACUAGGAACAGUAGCACCCAAGAUGGUCAUCAGGAUGAGAGGAAUGUGCCCAAACGAAAGAGGGAAAGCAGUCAGCCUCUUGUCGAGCAUCAUAUCAACCUGAGAUCUAAAAGUCAGAACAAGAACAAGGUGCAAACAACGAAGAAGAAAGGCAAGAAGAAGCAUUCAGACGACAUCGAGCUUCUUGAUGGGGCAUCCGCUCUCCUAGGGCUCAGCUCCGACACUGCAAAGAAUGGAAAGAAGUCAUCUUCAACUUCGACAACACCUAGAACAUCAGGAAUGUCCACUAGGCUGUCGAUGGUAGAAAAUUCGAAAUCCAAUCCGAAGGAGAAGGAUAACGGCGUCAAGAAGGCCAACCUUGCAAAGGCGAGCGCUGCCUCGACGAGAAGCUCGAGGACGAAAGAAAGUGAGCAGUUGCUGGAAUCCGUCAGUGUUUCAAAAGAUCCGAAGAUGAAAGCUAAAGCAAAGUCAAAGGGCAAGUCGCAGGUGCUAGCAGACUCAAGUUCUGGCAUGAAAGGCGACUCAGAUGACUCUUUGAAAAAACCAGCCUCAGGGGCAAAGUCUGUAGCAGAAGCUGAAGAGAAAGAAAAGGAGACAAAGGAAUUGAACCCGAAGACUGCUGGGAGCGAACAAGAACAGGGAAAUACAGGAGGAGCCGGAGAGGUGGAGGAUCUUCCUGUAGGUGAAGCAGGCACAGGCGAAAUGAAUACCCCGUGGAAGGCAUCCGAAGUCCUGAUGGGCUCUAGAAUUCCUGAAGAGAGUGCUCCCAGGUUAAGUGCAGCAGUCGUCUUGAUGAUGAAUUCCUCGAGCUCUUCGAAGGACGCAUCGUCCAACGUCUUGGCGAAGGGGAAGAACAGCCGAGAAGAUGAAAUGAACUCGAUCGAAAAUUCUCCAGCACCAUCAAGCGCAGGCCAGUCUGGCAAUGAAGGCUCAUACUUGAAGACCCUUGAGGCUUCUCCUGCCGUUGGUGUCCCAGCAUCAGAGAAGGCGAUUGAAGCCAUAACGGCAAAUCAAGCAUCGAUGGGCUACUCAGAAAUAAUCAGAAAAUCCUUGCCAGUGGAUAGCAACAGUGACGGGGCCACGAAAGAUCGCCCUCGCAAGAGGAGACAGCAAAAUCGUGAAAAACACUACAAGAACUCAAGUGAUGAAGCAGCUGCAACUGAAAUGCGUACCUCGAAGGAUAAUUUGCAUUCAACUUCUACAGAGCCACGCCCUACCGCCUUGUCAGUCCUGAUAGGCUCAAAAUACCCAGAGCCCAGCGAGAAUGUCGGUAGCUUGAGCGAGAAAAGUGACGUGCCAAUGAAUCCUGCCGACCUUGUUCAGAGAGAUGGGAAGUCAGAGUCUGGAAUGCUGUCACAGCAAGAGGAGGAUAGGAACGUGAACGAAAUGAUGUCAGCAAAUUUGAGCUCAGAUGAUCAAAUGAAUGCGGGACAAGAGGCCGUGAAUGCUCCCGGCAAGGCUGAAGGACAGCAAGACUUUACGGAUGCCUCAACUAACUCCUUGCGAUUCGAAGCUUCAGAUAAUCACAAGAACGAAGGAAGAUCAUUUCUUGCGCCAACAGCAGCGCAGAAAUGGCACCAGAUUCAUGGUUCUGAGGGUCAGAGAUCUGCAGUGCAAAGAUAUGUACAAGAAAAAAUCAAGCAAGGGAAGAUCGAAAAACGUCCAGACGGCUCCUUGCUGCUCAAAGAGAAAAAUGCUGAUGCCACGUGCAAGUUUUGGUCUGAAAUCAAUGAUGAGUUGUUCAAGGCGACGCUUGGCUCUAGAGUGAAGGUGCACGCCAUCACUCAAGCUCUGCGUCGAUACUGCGGCAUUGCAACUCCUCCCGGGAAUACCCGGAAGACUGAAUAUGUCGACCUCCUGGUGCCAACUGACAUGGGGGAGAGAGAGCAGGCGCUGCGAAAGGCUCGUGAGUCCCACGCAAAGUAUCAAAAUAACCAAGACUCGACUUGGCUGGAUCGCAGGAGACAGCCACGGAACGAGAAAGGACGGUCCUCGGCCGAAGUCCUGUUGGCAAACUGCUCGGUAGGGGCUACGAGUGAUGCAGUUGCAUCAGGAGUAUCGGAUCAGGUGCAAUUUUUCUCCGCACAUGACUCAAGCAAGAGAAUCGAUACGAAGUUGCGUGGGAGGGGAAGGAGGCCAGCUAGUGAUGCAAGCACGGAUGAGUUGGAUUCCUCUGAGGCUCCUCGACCAGAAAAUGCCAAAGCCGUGAUCAUCGGCAUGAACUGGUCACAAGCGCUGACGGGCGGUCUGGAGGGGAAUGGGAACAUGAAGUCACAAGGGCGAGUAAGCUAUGGAGACGCGUUGCUCAAUCAAAACACGUCGACUACAUCUGGUGGUGAACAUCUUAAGAGUCGAUUGGACAGUGAGCUGGAAUGCCCCAACGCAGAGACGAGUGGCUCAGGUAUUGAGCAAGAACAGAAAUCGAAGGAUGCGGUAGAAGGCGCUAACAGUGCCAGUGCUGUCCAUGUAAAUAACUCCGACGGAACCUCGGAAGACGCGGCUACUGUGGAUUGCUCUCAGAACGCUCUCGACGAGACUCAAAAGGAUGGCGACGCAUGUGAAGUGAUGACAACCGAAGGCAAGCAUGCGAAGGCGAAAGGAGGACGGUCGAAGGCCAAUCAUUCCGAUCAGUGUGCGGGGAGUGAAGCAGACAAGAACAGCAGGAGUUCAGAGGUCAGGACUGCUAAGAGCUAUGCGGCACUUGUCGUGGAAUUCGGAUCGGCGGCUGCAGCCAUCGGCAAAGGAGCUCAUUCCUACGCCUCUCAGCUCGGUUCAACAGCUACGUCUUCCCCGGAGGUAGAUGGUCGCCGCAUGGAACAUCUGGUGCAAGCGGCUGCUGCAAAAGAUGCGCUGCAGGCUGUUCAGAAGCCUGUCGAUGAAGCAACCCCUCCGCAGCAGUCAAACACUAAAGUCGUGCAUACUGAAACGGCGACGAGGACGAUUCAACCAGCCACUGAGAGAUUUGAAGAAAACUUCACCCUGUCCAUUGCAAGGAUGUUGAUCUCGUUGACUCCGCAUGGAGCUCUAUUCUUCUAA